UUAUCACUUAGAAAAUAUAGGAAGUGAGGGCAACGACACAAUUAUCUGUACAUACGUUGCAUCUCCAGCUAACAGUAUACACGCGUCUUAGUGUAUUUUUUUGGUGAAGUAAAGUGCUUAUUUGACCAAAUGUGGAAACUAAUUCUUCUUGUCCUUAUUUGUGUGUAUUUGGUUCAUAGUUGCGACAUGGACCAAAUCCGCCAGGGUUGUCGUAUACAAAACAGAGCUUGCUCCUGCGGAUCAGGUUGUAUGAACGAAUAUCGCUACGACACAAUUCAGGAGUGUAAUAACGCAUUAAGAGGUAAACGUACCGAUAUAUGCUCACCAAAUCCAUGUCAACACGGAGGCAGUUGUUUGCAAAUAUCUCAUCAUCCCGGUUACAAAUGUUUAUGCGAGGGUACUGGAUACUUUGGUUUACGCUGUAAUCGGGCUUGUCCACGUGGUAUCACUAGGGAUCAAACGUUACCUCACGAGUGCAUAGUGAUUUAAGUACAAAAAUCCAAGUGGUGUAGAAUUGUAUAAAAUAGAUAAUAAAUAUUCAAGUAUUAUGCA